AUGCAACCAAAAGAGAACAACGGUAAUAAUAAUAAUAAUAAUAGUAAUAUGGAUGCCAUAGGGUUGCUACCUUCGGAAAAGUUAUUUUUUUUUGAAAAAAGAUUUAAUUACUAUUUAAAGACAUAUAUGAAUGGAAAUUUGGCUAUGAAAGGGCCACUUGAACAACUUGCAAUACAAAUAAAUUCAUUUAGAAAUAUAUUAAUAACAAAAAAUAAUAAUAAUAAUACAACUGAUAAUGUAUUGGAUGAUUCAUGGAAUGACAAAUCUUAUAAUUUAAUAGUUAGUUGCUUAAAAGAAUGGUUGGUCGAAAAAUAUAACAAAGAUGUCAAAGAUGCAGAUAAAUUUCAAUCAUUUUAUUAUGAAAACUUUGUGUCGGAUACAAGCCCAUUAAUGUUAAUUAGCAAGGGACCAAUAUCUGGAAUUAUUAAAGAAAGAUUAAAGGUUAUAAAUUAUUCAAUGGAAUCCUUUGGUAAAUUACUUUUUUUCAAGACUAUACUAAACAUGGACAAUUUAAAAAUAAGAAAAUAUAUAGUUGAACUUUUCCAAAAAACAACACAAAUAUCGACAACUAAUAACUCUAUUGAUUUCAAAAAAACCGAUACACUUCUCCAAGAUUUUUUAACUUAUGGAAUACAAUUCAUGAUCCAAGAGAAUAGUACUGAUUUAUUUUUGUUUAUGCACGAACUUCUUAGAGAUUUAUUGUCAACUGAAUUUGAAUUUACUGACAAACUAUGGGAAAAACCGUGUAUUAAAAAUGAAGUUGAUAUUGCAAAUCAAGACAAAGUAAACGUUUUAUAUCUACUUAUCAAGGCAUAUAAUACACUAAAAAAACGUUCCUUUGGAUUUUCUCAACUUUUCCGGGCUCAAGUUUUAAAACGGCUCCAAUUAGAUAAUACGUCAAGUGAUAUGUUGCGCUCUAUUCUAUUGAUUAAUGGACCCAUGACUAACUCUGCGGAAAAGAGCAUUGAGUCAUAUGUUACUUUUUUGGUUUCGACAAAUGAGGAUGGAAUUUUACAUUUACAUUUUAGGAAUUUAUUUAUUGAUGAAAUUCAAUCUAUUAAGCGUUGUAACGAAAGUUUUGUGGUUAGUUUUGUUAGAGUAUCUAACUUAAAACAAAGCUAUGCUACUAUUUUAAAAAUUUUGCGCCGUGUUCAGCAUAAAUUACAUUCUGAGAACAACGAACAACUAACUGCUCGUUUAAGUUUUUCAGCGGAUAAAGAUUGUGUUGAGUGCUUGGAACUAAGUCCAGGGACUUUACAUGAUCUAGUUUUAAAGAAUUUGAGUCAAAUUUUCAAAUAUCAAUACCAACAUAACAACCCGAAAUAUGGAGAAGAAUUUAUUCAUGCUGUAAUGCACUGUUCCUUUGAAAAUUUUAACGACCAUAACGAACAGUUUAUUAUUUCGUAUUUUGAAAAAUAUUUAUUCAAAAGGCUCAUGAAAGACGAGAAUAUGAAACUAUAUGAUUACUUAAACAAAGAAAUUGAUUCUUUGGAUAAAACUUCUGAAAAUUUUUUUAUUCAUAAAUAUAUUAACGAUUCCAGGUAUGCAGACCAUGAAUCGUUUACUAGAAGGUGGAAAUCUAUUAAAAAAAUUGUUUUGGAUGGAAAUAUUGGGGGUGCUUAUUUAUUAGCACAACUUUCCUUUCCUAAAUCAUUGAUGAAUGAAAUUGGACAAGAAAUCCAGCCCAAAAUACCGACUGAUUUGGAUGCAUAUUUGGAAAUUUUGAAAAGGAAAAUGACUACCGAAGAUAUGAAGGAUAAAAAAAUAAAAUAUGCUUAUAGCCUACAAAGCGGGGUGAUUUCAACACCGUUUUUUAAUCCCAAAAAACCAGGUACAUAUUUAGAUUUUAAUGUCAAUUUAUUGCAAUACAGUGUCUUGGAUUGUUUUAAUGACAAGGACGAGAUUUCCUUGGAAGAUAUUUGUAGACAAGUUAAAUUGCCAUUAGGAAAAAUAAAUUCUGCUAUAGUUUCACUAGUUUUGUCUGGCGUUUUGCUAAAUUAUGUCAAUCAAGAAAAUGUCGUGCUUUUAAGAUUAAACAUAGAAGGUUUCAACCCUGACUUAGCAAAAAUAUCAGAAACUGGUGUCUUUAGGAUACCUUAUCUAUCCGAAUCUAAGGUAGCCAAGCAUAAUAAGAAACGUGUUAAGAUUUAG